AUGAGCUCGCAUCCCCGCCGCGUCCGCCUGAAGCCCUGGCUGGUGGCCCAAGUCAACAGCGGUCAGUACCCGGGACUCCGCUGGGUGGAUGCUGAGAGAAAGCGCUUCUUCAUUCCCUGGCGCCACGCCACCCGCCACAUCCCCAGCCAGGACGACGAGAACACCAUAUUCAAGGUGCGUGAGGAGGGGGAGAUCUAGCUUGCCGGCUAAAAUUCCCUAUAUAUCCCACAUAACAGUGCCUUUUUCAAAAAGUAGGAAUUAGGGCUGCAACCGUUAAACCAACUUGGCUUAGAGUGCUUCCCAAACCUGGGUCUCUAGCUGCUGUUGGACUACAACUCCCAUCAUCCCUGACCGCUGGACGAUGGGAGUUGUAGUCCAAAAACAGCCGGAGACCGAAGUUUGGGAAACACUGGCUUCUAGAGUGUCAGAUCAGGACGUGGGAGACCAGGGUUCGAAUCCCCACUUGCCCUUGGGAGACUGACGCUGGCUGUCGGCUCUAACCUACCUCACAGGGUUGUUGUGGUGAUUAAACGAGGAGAGAGAGGAAAAAGGUGGGGUAUAAAUGCAAUAAUACCUACAGGACCACCUCUCCUGGUAUGCCCCACGGAAGACCUUAAGGUCCACAAAUAACAUUUUGGAGGUCCCAAGCCGCAAGGUGGUUAGAUUGGUCUCAACUAGGGCCAGGGCCUUUUCAGUACUGGCCCCGACGUGGUGGAACGCUCUGUCCCAAGAGACCAGGGCCCUGCGGGACUUGACAUCUUUCCGCAGGGCCUGCAAGACAGAGCUGUUCCACCUGGCCUUUGGUUUGGACUCAGUCUGACCCUUAUGUUUCCCUCCCCUUAGGGUCUUGAUUUAUCGGCUACUUUAAAAUGAGGCUGCAUUUGAAAUUGCAUUUUAACCUGUAUUUUAAAUUGGGUUUUUUUCCCUAUUAUGAUUUUACUGUAAUUUUACUGGUGUUAGCCGCCCUGAGCCCGGCUCUGGCCAGGGAGGGCAGAGUAUAAAUAAAAUUGUUGUUGUUGUUGUGGCCGGGGAGGGCGGAGUAUAAAUAAAAUUGUUGUUGUUGUUGUUCUUAAAACAUGGUUAGAUCUGUGUUUCCCAAACUUGGGACUCCCAUCAUUCCUGACCACUGGAUGAUGAGAGUUGGAGAUCAAAGCUGGAGAUCAAAGUUUGGGAAACACUGGGUUUGGGAAACACUAGAAAACCAAACGCCAAUUAAUUUGUUACUUCAAGUAUUUAUGCAAAAUACUGAGAGCGCCCUGUUGGAAGAGACGCCUCUUCACCUCACAAAGGAGGGAUUUUUUUUCCCAUCCAAGAUGGCACCUACUUGGACAUCGGCUCUCAGUGCGCCAUGUGACAACGAGGAGCGCAUGGGCAUGUCAAAAGUGUUCUUUUUCAUGUGGGGCUGAGGGGGCCCGCAGGCAGGCAGCCCCCCAGAUGUUGUUGGGGGUCUCCGUGGUGCCUGGUGGGAGAUACAGCCCGGCAACAACAUCUGGAGGGCACCAGGUUGGGAAAGGCUGGUCUGGGGUUAGGCCUAAGGGUUGCCAUGGUAACAAGGAACGGGAGGGGGGAUUUCUCCAGAGCAGCCGCCAUUUUGCAGAAUCCACGCCAUGAAGGGGGCUCACCUGGUCAGGUCCUGGCAGGGCGUAAAAAAAAAGGUGUUUUUAUUCUGCAAAGUUUUUAGAAUUAGCUGGGGGAAACUUUCAUCCGACGGCUCUCUACGAUGUUGCCAUUUAGAUCUUGCUUUACCUUUGUAUUGCUUUCUUUAAAAUAUUCAUACAUAUAUUUUUAUUUAUCUGCAGCCCAGGCAGGUUGGAAAGGUAGCAUGGAGAUCGUUUUUGAAUAUAAAGAACACGUUUCUUUAAAGGAAAAAUUAAAACUGCAUUUUUAGAAAACCUAUAAGCAAAAUGUUGACAAUUAUAAAUACAUAAAGCAGAUUAGCGUAUCUCUAGCGGGCAUUAAUAUAACGACGGUGUCAAAAGAAAUGAAAAUUGUUUACCGAUAAGCAUAUUUACAGUUCGCUCCUCUUAUAAAAUAUUAGGGUGGUAGGCAACCUGAUUUAGAAGUAUGAAAAGUGUAAAGUGCCAUAACAAAAAUACAGAAUGAUGGUGGUAGAUUGGGUUUUUUAUACUGUUUUACUCUGAUUAGAGUUUAAUCAUUUUUUAACAAUCUUCUCUGCAUUUUUAUUUAUUUAUUUUUUGGCUUUCUGUAUUUUAUCUGUGUGGUUUUUAAUUCGUAAGCGGCCUUGAGUCCCUUUCUGGGACAAAGGCGAGAUGUAUAAUAAUAAUAAUAAUAAUAAUAAUAAUAAUAAUAAUAAUAAUUUACAUGAAAAACUAAAGAAGAUGUUGAUAAUAUCAAUAACAAAGAAACCAGAGACAUAUCUCUUUGGAUUGAUAGAUGAUGAGAUACCACGGGGGGGGGGGGAUUUUGUACAGCUGCUAGAAUAGAGAUUGCUGCUAGGUGGAAGUCACAAACUAUACCCACAAAGGAGGAAUGGAUUUAGAAACUAAAUGAAUAUUUAAUUUUGGCAAAAUUAACUGCUAUAAUAAGAAAUCAGUCGAAUCAAAAAUUAAAAAAGGAGUGGAAAUGUUUUGAUGAAUAUAUGGCAAAAUAUUGCUCAAAAAAAGAUACGCUAAUAUGCCUAGAUUAAAAUGUGAAGUACUGGAUGGAAGAAAAAUUAGUAAGGAAAGAUAAUAAGAAUAUAUAGGUGAUUUGAGAAGAUUGUAGAAUGCAAAGAUUAUUGUAAAUUGUAUAAUGUGGAGGAAAUCGAGUGGGAGGAAGGAGAAAAGAAUAAUAUGAUGGACUGAGGAAAUAUAAAUGUAAAUGUAUGAGGGGAUGAGGAGGAAAUGGUGUUGGCUUUGGUACAUCUGUAUUGUAAUGUAAUAGGUGAAAACCAAUAAAAAAAGAUGAAAAUCAUCGUCAUCCAAACGACACAGAAACACCAUUAAUAACUACAAAUUAUUGUUACUGAUUCUAUCACUGUUGCAUGUGGGGAUGUGUGAGGGUGGCACUGGAUAUUGGUUCUUAAAACGGGCGCUCUCAGGUGGUGGUGUUUUAAAUCUCUCUGCCCUGUGUCCUGUCGGUCCUUUUCCCAGGCCUGGGCCAAAGAGACGGGGAAAUACAAUGAAGGCGUCGACGAGCCGGACCCCGCCAAGUGGAAAGCCAACCUGCGCUGUGCCCUCAACAAGAGCCGCGAAUUUAACCUGAUUUACGACGGCACCAAAGACACCCCCAUGCAGGCUUUCAAGAUCUACGAGGUUUGCGAUGCCCCACAGCCCAACGGAGGUACCAGCCGCCCCCUGUGCGCUUGCAAACCCCAUCUUUCCUGCUGCUCCCCAAAAAGAGCCGUUUCCCGCACCCGUUCUCCCCACCCCUCCCCGAAGCAAAAGCGGGAAGCUGCCCGUCUGCUGGCUCCAUUUAGAUUUAGAUUUAUUUUUAUUUUUUUUAGAUUAGAUUUAGAUCCAGAAGACAGACAAAAACCCCAUCAUGCUCCUCCCGGCCACCCCCCGGGAGCCGAAUGUGUUGCCUGUGAGAUGCUUAGCUGCUUUGCCCCCUUGCCAUAACUGGUCAAACAGGUCCGGCUGGCUUUUGAAGCCCUGUGAAAACCUGCUUGACCUGGCACAGCAGUGGGGACGUCUUACCAUAGAGGCUAGUGGCGUAGGGCGCCAGGGCGCAUAGCUGUCAACCGUUCCUUAUUUGGCGGGACACUCCCUUAUCCCAGCGCCGUGUCCCGCUGCUGUCCCUUAUUGAUGAUGUCCCUUAAAUUUCCCGGAUUUCAAAGGAAGCAGCUCCUCUCCCUCCCUCCCUGCCAGCCAACUGUGUUGCUUGGCUGUGUUGCUCACCCAAUAAGAAGUCUAAGAACGACUGGGGGGUGGAGCUUGCAUGCCUUGUGCCGAUCAUUUUGGCCGCGUUGCCUGGGGACUCGCCUUUGCUCAGCGCUUCCCAGCGGAGAGGUGACGGUGGUUUUCCUUGCUGCGUCCCCUUUGCCGGGUUGCUGCGCUGUGGGAACCACCGUUUGAGGCUUCGUUUGGCUGCUGGUUGACUAAAAUCCCUUAUUUUGGCUGCUGAUCCCUUAUUUUUGAGGCUGCUGGUCCCUUAUUUUCAAAUCUGUAAGUUGACAGCUAUGCCAGGGCGGCAAGUUCUGGAGGGCGCCAGGGAAAGAGGUGGAGGCUGGGCGCGGCGCCUCCCAGCAUCAGCUCGCCGCGUCUGCCGCGCCGCACCGAAGCAGUGCCGCGCCGGGAGCCUCCACCUGCCAUGGCCACCGUGGCACGAAGGAUCCAGCUGAACCGGGAGUCGCCACGUCCAGUCUCCGCCUCUUCCCUGCCGGAGGAGCUGUCCUCCAGCCCCGCAAAACUGGGCGCAUCGCUAGCAGUGCCGUCCUCCCUAAAAAAAGGUCGGCAGCUCUGGAAAAUGGGGGGCGCCGGAGGGAUCUUCGCACCACAGCGCCAGAUAUGCUUAAGACGGCCCUGAACAUGUCCCCCACAGAUAACAACACCGUGGUCUUAUUUCCUUCUAUUCUUUUAUUUAUUUAUUGGUUUUCAAUAAAUAUGGGGAAAAGACUCCAUAAUUAAAAUGAAUGUCCUGCCAAAAUGCUAUAUUUGUUCCAAACGAUACCAAUUAUGAAUAAAGAGAAUUGCUUUGAAGAAGGGAGGAAAGAUAUAACGAGAUUCGUAUGGCAAGGAAAAAACCCGCGGAUAAAAUAUAAAUGAUUGACAGGAAGAAAGGAAAGGGGAGGAUUAGCAGUGCCAAAUUUAAAAUAUUAUGAAGCAGAAUGUUUCAUUUGGGUAAGAGAUUGGGUUAGAUUGGAAAAAACUAAGAUAUUGGAUCUUGAAAGUUUUAAUAAUAGGUACGGAUGGCAUGCGUAUCUUAAUUAUGAGAAAGUAAAAGUCAAGAAAUAAUUUACAAGUCAUAUAUUAAGAGGUGCGUUAUAUAAAGUUUGGAACAAAUAUAGAUUGCAUCUGGAACCACAGACAUAUUUCCUUCCAUUCUUGGAGGCGUGGGUCAGGGAUGGGAUUGCUUCUAGGGCUGGGCAAUAUCCAGUUUUCAACAUCACGACACGGCUCACAGGGCGAUGUGCUGAUACGUCACAAUGUCUGGAAUGUAUCUUGGCUGCCUCUUCCAUCUUCCCACCAUAGGGAAGGAGGAAGCAGCCGGGACGCAUUGCCUAGCCCUACAUGGCAAGCAAGCCCCCAUAUUGCUCUGGAGGAACAUGGGGGCUUCCUUAAACUGCUCAGCUGGAGGACAUGAUGCCAAGAGGCAUUGGGGCUCGCUCAGCUGGGGGGCGGGAGGUUCCCCCCCCCCAGUCGAGCAGCUCAAGGUAGCCGCAAUGCCCCUGAAAGCUGCCCGCCUGCCUUUGCCCGAGCGGGCGAGAGCAUCUUGCAUGGCGCAUCUUCCUUGGCGCCCAAUGACUUGAGCUGGCCCCUUGCGCCUGCUUCCUCGCCUCUCCAGCCCUUCAGCAAAAUUCAUUUUCUGCAGUCGCUAUGAAUUUGUUGAAGACGAGUUUGGUAACAAGUCUCCCCUCCUUCUCUCUCACAUGCACACAACAGGAUUUGCAAAAGUCGCCCAGAUAUUGCCAUAGUUUUGAGAGUCAGUCCUCUCCUCACAACCCCUGUGCUGUAAACCUUUCUGUUUUUACAUUUUGGGGGGGGGGAGGCUAAUUCAGGUGGGGGGGACAUGUAAAGCUCAAGAAAGAGGCUCUGGGGAACGUACAACAUUUAUUUCCCCCCCUCCCUCAGAGCCUUUCGCUGGAGAUGAGAACAUCGGCCCUGAAGAAGAGGAGGAGGUAAGGAAGAAUGACCUACUCGCUUUCUCUUUCUGAUCAUUUUUCAUCCUUUGAGGAAACUGCAGACAUUGGCAAGUGGUAGUUGGACCUCUGCCCAUGUUCUAGCAGAUGGAAGGAAAUGCUUAGCUGCCCAGAGUCUCGAAGUUUGCAUGGAUUUUAUUUUUCAAAGGACAGUCAUCCCGUUCCUUCAGUUCCGCACUCCCACAUUCUGCAGAUAAGGGUUUCUCUCACCUUGGAGCAAUUAAGCUUGCGUGUGGGAGGCUGGGGAGCUAACAGCCCUUCUGGGUGUUUUGUUUUGUUUGUUUUUUUGCUAGACUACAACUCCUAUCAUCCCUGGAGGUGAUGGGAAUUGGAGUCCCACAACAUCGGGAAGGGAGGUCACAGAUGAGCCGACCCUGGUGGGUUGGGUUUCCAGAUUCAAGGUCCAAGAUCCUACUUUCUAAGAGACCCACCAGCAGGAGAUCUGGGUGAAGUUUCCGCAACUCCGCUUACCACCAUUUUUCUUGGCGUUUCCCUUUUGUCCAGGCUCCUUCUCCACUUUGAAAGCUGCAGAUGUGGGAGGAGAUAUUCCCAGCAGUUUCAUAGCCAUCCCCUCCCAGGCUCCAAAGGCUGGUUUGGACACUGAUUUAUCCUGACACUCCAUUUAAUUUGCCUUUGCGUGUUUUCCAUUCUGUGCUUUUAUUAUCUUUAGGGCUGUGCUAUUGUUUUUAUAUUGUACGCAAUGUGUACAUUGCUUAGAUAUUACAUAUAUACACAGAGAGAGAUUUUUUCUUCCUAUAUAAAUAGAAAUGCAAGGCUGUCGUCACGCAGCUCCCGUUACAGCAGCCUUUCUCAACCUGUGGGUCCCUGGAUGUUGUUGAACUACAACUCCCAUCACCCCUAGCUAGCAAGGCCAGAGCUCAGGGUUGAUGGGAGUUGUAGUCCAACAACAUCUGGAGACCCACGGGUUGAGAACCGCUGCGUUAGAGGAUUUGUAGUGCCUCCUCGCAGUCCUGGAUUUGCAGGAUGAUAAACCCAAGAGGCCCAGCAAAGUGAGCUCAGUAGCUUGUAGAAUGGAAGAUUUGCAAGGGGACCCCGAGGGUCAUCUAGUCCACCCCCCUUCAAUGCAGGAAUCUCAGCUAGAGAGGGGGGUCCGACUGGGGUGCAAGGGGAGGUUAGUUCUGCUUCCUGGGGAUACCCAGGGUGUCUUCAAACAUAGGUGCCCCAGCAGGAUCUCUGCUCAAGGUCUUUCCCCACCGCCACUAACACCAAUUGCUUGAUUUGCAGUUGCAGAAGAUGAUGCCAACGCUACAAAUUGCAGGUGGGUGCCAGAGGGGGAGGCGGCUGUGCUGGGAGGGGGCUGGGGGGGCACAGGGAUGGAUCAUUAACCCAGCUGGAGUGACGCUUUGCUCUUGCACACUCCUGAUGGUCAUUUUCAACAUUACCAUCUCAAGAAACGUCCAGAAAUUCUUGCACUGCAUAGGAGACCUUACAAGCGGUGAAUAGGCCCUAUUAUUUACUGUAUUGCAUUUACAUCCCACCUUCAAGAAGUAAUAAUAAUAAUAAUAAUAAUAAUAAUAAUAAUAAUAAUAAAUUUAUUACUUAAAACCCACCCAUCUGGCCAUGCCUCCCCAGCCUGGCCCACAGGAUAUUAAAAACACAAUAAAACAUCAGACAUUAAAAACUUCCCUAAACAGGGCUGCCUUCAGAUGUCUUCUAAAAGUCAGAUAGUUGUUUAUUUCCUUGACAUCUGAUGGGAGGGUGUUCCACAGGGCCACCACCGAGAAGGCCCUCUGCCUGGUUCCCUGUAACCUCGCUUCUCGCAGUGAGGGAACCACCAGAAGGCCCUCAGAGCUGGACCUCUGUGUCUGGGCUGAAUGAUGGGGGUGGAGACGCUCCUUCAGAUAUACUGGACUGAGGCCGUUUAGGGCUUUAAAGGUCAGCACCAACACUUUGAAUUGUGCUCAGAAACAUACUGGGAGCUCAAGCCAGUGUAAAUUGUUUUCUUCCUCCCUUUAUCGCCCUCACUACAACCUUGUGAGGUAGGCUAGGCUGAGAGUGAGUGCCUUAUUUGGAUAUAACCCCUUGUUCUCACUGCAAAGCAUCCAGGAGUGGAAGCAGGCUAUCUAAGCCAGGGGUCAGCAACCUUUUUCAGCCGUGGGCUGGUCCACCGUCCCUCAGACCAUGUGGUGGGUCGGACUAUAUUUUGGAAAAAAAAAUGAACAAAUUCCUAUGCCCCACAAAUAAACCAGAGAUGCAUUUGAAAUAAAAGGACACAUUCUACUCAUGUAAAAACACGCUGAUUCCCGGACCGUCCAUGGGCCGGAUUGAGAAGAUGAUUGGGCUGGAUCCAGCCUCAGUUUGCCUACCCCUGAUGAUACUGAGCACUCAAGACCCUUACAUUCCAGCAGCCGUGCCCAUCCCCUCUUGUGCAGCUAGCAAAAGACACCUUCUGCUUUCUUCUGUGGGGGUCUGCUGUGUCUUGGGGCACCCCCAUCGUUCAGCCUGGACACUGAGAUCCAGCUCUGAGGGCCUUCUGGCGGUUCCCUCAUAGCGAGAAGUGAGGUUGCAGGGAACCAGGCAGAGGGCCUUCUCGGUGGUGGCACCCGCCCUGUGGAACGCCCCUCCCUUCAGAUGUCAAGGAAAUAAGCAGCUAUCUUAUCUUUAAAAGACAUCUGAAGGCAGCCCUGUUUAGGGAAGUUUUUAAUGUUUACUGCUGUUUUUAACACUCGAUUGGAAGCCACCCAAAGUGGCUGGGGAGACUCAGCCAGAUGGGCGGGGUAUAAAUAAUAAAUUAUUAUUAUUAUUAUUAUUAUUAUUAAUAAUAAUACCUGCCCCUGAGAUCCCUUCCUGACAUUUCAUACGUGCUUGGCUCUCGUUUCCGCAGAUCCGUCCCAUGGCGUGGAGCCCCUGCCCCCCUACCCGUGGCUGAAACAGGAGGCCUUGUACCCGAGCGCUUGCGCCAACGGGUCCUUCCCUCAUGUGGCGCGCAUGAACGCUCCCCCUCCGCCUCCGCCCGUCGGCGCUUUUGCGGUAGGAGGGGAGCCUGCCGCGCCCAACUUCGCCGAACCGGCCGGAGCAAUGCCCCUCGUUCCAGGGGAUGUUCCCAUGUCGGCGGACCUGGAGCCCCUGCGCCCGGGGGGCUGCCCGGUGGCGCCCAUGGAGCAGUUCAUCCCGGAUUUGCUGAUCAGCCCCCACAUGCUGCCAUGUAAGGAUCCGUCCCGUGGCGGGGAGGAAGCGGGAGGGCGGACGGGAAUCGCGAAACCCUUUGGGAAGGGGAAAUAGCCGCCGCGGCUAAUGUAGUGUUAGGAUUAGAGCAGCGAUGUCCAAAGUCCCUUUCAGGGGCCUACUCCGGUUUAAUUCGACCCCUGUGGCAGUUUAUUUCCUGGGGUAAAAUCCCCCCCAAAAGCUCAACAACUUGAAUCCUAGGAAAAGGUCAACAACUUUGGGGUAAAAUUGUAAAAAAGCUCAACAGCUUCAAUCCAAUUGGAAUCCAAGGCUGAUGGGAGCUGGAGUCCAAGGCUGAGUCCAAGGCCGUUAGGGAUGAUGGGAGCUGGAGUCCAGUUCUGAUGGGAGCUGGAGUCUUAAAGAUGAUAGUCCCAACCUGAUAGGAACAGGAAUCUGGGGCUGAUGGGAGUUGAGUCCAACACCAUUGAGGAUGAUAGGAGCUGGAGUCCAAGGCUGUUAGGGAUGAUGGGAGCUGGAGUCCAAGGCUGCACGUGGGGCCUGUUCUUUCUACAAGAUCCGUUGCAAUGCCUAAACAUGCUUUUCUCCUUCCCGCAGUGACCGACUUGGAGAUCAAGUUCCAGUACCGCGGCCGCUCGGUGGGCUCCCUGACCAUCAGCAACCCCCACGGCUGCCGCCUCUUCUACAGCAACCUGAAGCCCACCCAGGAGCAGGUGGAGCUCUUUGGGCCGCUGACGCUGGAGCAGGUGCGCUUCCCCAGCGCAGAGGGGGUGCCCAACGAGAAGCAGCGCUUCUACACCCACCAGCUGCUGGACGUCUUGGACCGGGGCCUCAUCCUGGAGCUGCAGGGACAGGACAUCUACGCCAUCCGCCUCUGCCAGUGCAAGGUCUUCUGGACCGGGCCCUGCGCCGGGGAGCUGGCGGGUCCCAAUCCCAUCGAGCGCGAGAAGAAGAUCAAGCUCUUCAGCCUGGAGAGCUUCCUUAACGGUGAGGGAAAGGGCCCAGGGAUCCCAGCCUCACCCUCCCUCCGACGCCAGGGCCCGCUUGGUCCCAAAGGAGGGGGCGAGGGCAAAAGCAGGCACGUGGUGGAACGGGAAUCGUUCUCUGAACAUGCUCAGAGGCAUAGCUGUCAACCGUCCCUUAUUUGGCGGGACACUCCCUUAUCCCAGCGCCGUGUCCCGCUGCUGUCCCUUAUUGAUGAUGUCCCUUAAAUUUCCCGGGUUUCAAAGGAAGCAGCUCCUCUCCCUCCCUCCUCCCUCCCCGCUGGCCAGGGAGGAGGGAGGCUCCAACUGGGUUGCUUGGCUGCGUUGCUCACCCAAUAAGGAGUCUAAGAACGACUGGGGGGUGGAGCUUGCAUGCCUUGUGCUGAUCAAAUCGGCCGCCUUGCCUGGGGACUCGCCUUUGCUCAGCGCUUCCCAGCGGAGAGGUGACAGUGGUUUUCCUUGCUGCAUCCCCUUUGCCGGGUUGCUGCGCUGUGGGAACCACCGCUUGAGGCUUUGUUUGGCUGCUGGCUGGGCUUUCUGCCUUUGGCUCGGAGGGGCUCAGAAGUUGAACAUACCUGUGCUCUGAAAAUCCCUUAUUUUGACUGCUGAUCCCUUAUUUUCAAGGCUGCUGGUCCCUUAUUUUCAAAUCUGUAAGUUGACAGCUAUGCUCAGAGGCACCGUCAUCCCAGAGGGCCAAGCAGAUGCGCAGAGGAAGAGGACAGAAGUCUCUGGGAAUUCAGGUCUGGGCGGGAGUGAGGCCACUUUUCUCCCCAGCACAGAACAACCUCGCAGGGUCGUUGUGAGGAUGGAAUGGGGAGAAACUAUGCAAGGCACCUUGAGCUCUUUGGGGGGGAAAGAUGGGGUGCCAAUGUUGUUGGCAUCUGUCUGUCUUGAGAGACAAUGGGGUGCCCCUCCAUUGUGAGGUCAAACUGGGGGUGAGGUCAAACUGCUGGAGGAUCAUGCACAGGAAUGCCAUUUUUAUUGUUACCAUUUAAUAAUAAAAAAAAAUAUUUAUAUCCUGCCUUCCCCGUCCAGAGCCGGGCUCAGGGCGGCUGACACCAAUAAAAUCACAGUAAAAACAUAAUGGCGGGGGGGGGACCAAUUUAAAAUACAGGUUAAAAUGCAAUUUAAAAUGCAGCCUCUUUUUAAAAGUAGCCCAUAGAUCAAAACCAUAAGAGGAGGGAAACAUAAAGGUCAGACCGAAUUCAAACCAAAGGCCAGGCGGAACAGCUCUGUCUUGCAGGCCCUGCGGAAAGAUGUCAAGUCCCGCAGGGCCCUAGCCUCUUGGGACAGAGCGUUCCACCAAUUCGGGGCCAGCACUGAAAAGGCCCUGGCCCUAGUUGAGACCAAUCUAACCACCUUGCGACCUGGGACCUCCAAAGUGUUGUCAUUUGUGGACCUUAAGGUCCUCCGCGGGGCAUACCGGGAGAGGCGGUCCCGUAAGUACAAAUGUAAAUAAUGAUGAUGAUGAUGAUGAUGAUAACAUUCCUGUACAUUUGGUUCUGCCUUGGCCAACCUUUGCUGAGGCUGAUGGGAAUAUUAGCCCCGCAAGCCUGGAGCGCACCAGGUUCGUGGGAGGCUGGUUUGCUUUGUCCCUUUGGCUAUUGUGCAACUUACUUCUGAGUAGACAUGGCUAGGUGGGCACUAGCCAUCUUGCCUAGGGGGCAACAGGGGGAAAAAUGUUUGUUGUUUUCAUGCUGUUUUGUGGCAUUUGUAGUGCGACUCAUGCAACACGUUGGCGAUUAAUAUACACAGAACAAUAAUUAUACAUACUUUAUCAACCUUCUGAGAAAAAUACAAAACAUUAAACAAAGCCACAAAGACUUGCGAGACAGGGUGCCGGCGUUUUGCACCUGUUUUGGCCUGGCAGUCCAAGUAAUCAAAAGGCCGCUGUUUGCCCCCGAUGAGGCACUUUAACUGGGGCUUGCAGGUAGCACACUCCCAAAAUGCCAGCACCCUGUCUCACAAGUCUUUGUGGCUUUGUUUAAUGUUUUGUACAAUCGCCAGCGUGUUGCAUGAGUCGCACUACGUCUAUUAGCAACACAGGUUGCAUUUUGCUAGCAGAAGCAAGAUGCAGGGCUAAGGAUGCCUUUGGUCCAGCAGCCAGUCUUUUCUGCUGGGGAUGGAAAACUGCCAGGCUGCAUCAUCCCUGCCAACCUGUUCUCGCUUCGCGAUGCUCGCAGCCUUCAACCAUCCUGUUAUGAUUUUCUCUCCUCUCCUUCCCUUUCUGGUUCCCUGUUCCCUCCUUCCCUCUUCUCUUCCCCCAAUGGGCCGUCAAUACUUCCUGGCCCUUCCCUUUUCCUUUAUUUUUAAAAAAUAUUAUGUCAUUCCCAUCCUCUCUCCAUAGGACUUAUCAUGUUCCAGAAGGGUCAGAGCACCACGCCACCCCCCUACGAGAUUUUCUUCUGCUUCGGAGAAGAGUGGCCGGACCAGAAGCCUAAAGAGAAGAAGCUGAUCACAGUCCAGGUGGGAUGGCAGGGCUGUGUUUGUGUGUGUCCGUCCGUCCGUCCGUCCGUCAUCUCCUUCCGCCCACAUACCGUAUUUUUUGCUCUAUAAGAUGCACCCGACUAUAAGAUGCACCUAGUUUUAAGAGGAGGAAAAUGAGAGAAAAAAUACUCUGAAUCAAAUGAUGUUGAAGAGGGAGGAGGACGGAUGAUCAGACUUACCCCUUAUGGAGCCCCUUACUUUCCUCCUCCCGCUUCGCUGAAGAGGCGCUACUCAGCUAUCCCUAAAGCCAGCACAGCAAGAGGGAGAGCUGCUCAAAGCCUCUCCCUCUUGCUCUGCUGGCUUCUGGGAUAGCUGCGCAGCCUGCAUUCGCUCCAUAAGACGCACACACAUUUCCCCUUACUUUUUAGGAGGAAAAAGUGCAUCUUAUAGAGCGAAAAAUACAGUGAAUCAGGAGGAGGUACGUGUGUCCAUGAAGGUUUUCAAGCAGAAGUAGGUGUCAGGCGGCAGAGGAUCCAAUCUUCACGGCAGCUUGCCAGGAACGGAUAAGGCGAGGAAAAGUCCUUGCCAUCUGCUUUAAAUUCAAUAUUUACAGAGAGAGGCUUGGAACGCAACCUCUGGGAAUAAUGGUGUUGUCCUGAGUGACUCUCCGCCCCCUUUUCCUCCCACUUCCUUACUCAUCCUCAGCUCUUUGCUCUCCUACUUUCAAGGCUCUCUGGGUUCUGGGAGAAGGGGGUUCUGGCAGGGCCAGAUUUAGGUUGGAUGAGGCCCUCAGCUCCUGAAGGUAAUGGGGCACUUUCUAUGUCCAGCUGUCCUUUGUCAACAACAUAUUGCCGCUGUUUUUUGUGUUGAAUAUGUGCCAUGUGGUAAUUUAUGGACUUAAGGCAUAUCUAAAGCCAUUUGCACAUAACAAAAUAUGUAUUUUAUCAAAAUAAUUGUUACAACCAGUUCAUGCAGAAUGUAGGCACCCUAUAUAUAGAAAGGAGCAAACCAGUGAUAUUUUAGGGAGCAGGCGGGGCCCAUGACUAACAUCAUAGGAGCCUAUACAACACAAAACACUGUUUUAUUUUACAGUGGUACCUCGGGUUACAGACACUUCAGGUUACAUACACUUCAGGUUACAGACUCGGCUAACUCAGAAAUAGUACCUCGAGUUAAGUACUUUGCUUCAGGAUGAGAACAGAAAUCAUGUGGCAGCAGCGGGAGGCCCCAUUAGCUAAAGUGGUACCUCAGGUUAAGAACAGUUUCAGGUUAGGAACGGAUCUCCGGAGCGAAUUAAGUUCUUAACCAGAGGUACCACUGUAUUGGUUUUUUAUCUUACGUUUUGGAAAUGUAUAUCCAGUUGGUUUUUUCCUUUUUCCCCUACUAGACGGGGCGGAUUUAUAUGGAGGUACCACUGUAAUUAUUUUACCAUUCCACCGCCCCAGACGCUCAUAGAAGAGGGCACUCGACAAAGCACCGCUCUGCGCACGUGUGUGGAGCGGGUUGUGCUUCUGCGCAUGCACAAAACGCUAUUUAGCACUUCUGCGCAGGCAUGCGCAAGCGGCAAACCCAGAAGUAACCCGUUCCGGUACUUCUGAGUUUGCUGCAGACGUCCGCCGAAAUGGACACUGGACUGGGCGGACUUAUAUGGAGGUACCACUGUGUUUAUUUUACCAUUCCACCGCAUAUAUGAAAGCGAGGCUGCUCUGCUUUUCCACCUGUGCACGGAAUGACGGAACCCCCCCUUUUCCUUUGCAGGUGGUGCCAGUAGCUGCGCGUCUCCUGUUGGAAAUGUUCUCCGGGGAGCUGUGCUGGUCAGCCGACAGCGUCCGCCUCCAGAUCUCCCACCCGGAUCUCAAGGACAAGAUGGUGGAACAGUUCAAAGAGCUCCACCAGCUCUGGCAGACGCAGCAAAGCGUCCAAGUCCAGAGCUUGCAACUGGCCGGGCCCGAGACCUGGCCGAUGCAGACCAGCACCACAAACAGCAUGUAG